GCGGAAACACUUUGCAGAAACGAUUGGCCAUCCGCAUAGGUUUAAUUAUGGCUCUGCUCCAAUAUACAAGGCGGAGUAGAAAGUUGCGCCCAAAAGGCAACUGCUCCACGCGUUCCUCCCUGUCAGUUUUCCGGUUUUCAAGCCCUUGGUGGCUUUCCAUGACAAAGCCCAAUGCAUAGCCAUUCCCAUGCAGCCCCUAGAUGCCCAAAACCGACAUGCUCCAGUCUGUACUGCCGCAAAGCUGAGGUUUUACGCCCCUGUUACUGACCGGAGGGAUGUGUACGCCUGGGUGCAUCAGCCGACGACUGAGAACUUGCAUAAAAGGAGGACCAACCGUUACCUCCUCUUCUCAUCACUCAACACACCUUCAAUAGUAUCUCCUCAGCAGUCCUCUUCAAUCCAUCUUUUCAACCCUCUAGUCUUCGUAUACCACACAAAGCAACAUGCGUCUCACUCACGGUCUUUUCGCUCUCCUGGCCUGCGGUCUCGCUUCAGCAGCUCCAGUCGAGAACAAGGAAGUCACCCAGCUUGAAGCUCGCUCGGAAACUGCCAGUGUCGUUCCAGCAGCGCCGGUCGCCCUAGCAGCACGUGGUGGCAGCGAUUACUACGACAACGACUACUACAAGAAGGACGACUACGGACGCCGUGAAAGGCACCGCGGCAAUUACUACUCGGCUGCUCCUCAAGCUGGAUGGAACGACGACUACCACAGGGACUCCUACCACAAGGAUGAUUACCACCGAAAGGACGACUACGGACGCCGUGAAAGGCACCGCGGCAAUUACUACUCGGCUGCUCCUCAAGCUGGAUGGAACGACGACUACCACAGGGACUCCUACCACAAGGAUGAUUACCACCGAAAGGACGACUACGGACGCCGUGAAAGGCACCGCGGCAAUUACUACUCGGCUGCUCCUCAAGCUGGGUACAAUGACGACUACAAGAACGACUACUACAGCAACGAAUACUACAAGAACGACUACAAGAAGGACAAGAAGACCGACUACUACUAAAGCGCUGCUCAGUAUUUCUGCUGCUGAUGGUGAAUAGUGUCUUCUUUUUUCUUUUUGGCUGUCGAUCAUUCGUAGUUUGAGGACUUUCUUGUGCAAAUAUGAUUAUGGGAUACUGUUGGAUUUGUUUGGCAGAGGAAGGGUUCUUGCAUACCGUUUUCCUUUGUAAACAUGUAGAUAUAGCAAAUAUAUGAUAUUGCACUGCACAUCAUCAUUUUACGUUUUUG